AUGGCUGGCUCAAGUCGAGACAACAUUUCUUACGAACAGCUGCGGCACGUUGACGUCCCAGUAGUCGCUCCUUAUCCGAUCCGGAAAUCACAUAGUUAUUCUCAAGACGCUGGUCAAGCACCCCACGAUCGUCCUACCCUCGGAACGCCUUCGGCAAACAAACCACAGCACAUAGCAAUGCCGGGAUCACGAGGUCCUCGUCCACCAUCCUUUGAGGACAGAGAGGCGCUGGCGUCGCUCGAGGCCAGGUCGCCUGGAGCUAGGAGGCCCCCAGUCCGGCCUGGGCGCACCAACAGCAUGAAUACUUCAGUCACUGCUCACACUGCACAUACUCUCACGCCCCAGAUGGCUGAGGAUUCGGACAACGACCGUGAGCACCAGCCAGCGUACUUUGACCAGGCGGCUGGACCGUCUGCAAACCAGUUCCUCGCCGCCCGCGGCAGGCCCAUGUCCUUUUAUGACAUGAAGGAGCAAAAUAAACAAGCCAAGCUGGGUGCCAUUGGUGGCAACAACAACAGAGCCUCGUGGCGUAGCGGUGACAUGCCGUUCAACUAUGCCGACAUCAUUGGAGACAACCGUCACAGCUACGUGCCUCCAAACAUGGGCCGUCACGUGAACCGACCAAACAGGGAGGCGGAUAACUUUCUUCCCACCAGGCUUCCGUGGACCAUGUGGAUGAACAGUGAGGCCAAGAAUCACUUCGUGGCUGCGCUCGGCGAAUGGGUCGGAACUACAAUGUUCUUGUUCUUCGCUUUUGCCGGAACACAGGUCGCCAAUGCCCAAACCAAGACACCGGCAGAGGCAACUACAACAAACGCCACCGCUGGUUUCGACCCUAUAGUCAUGCUCUACAUCUCUGUGUCCUUCGGUUUCAGUCUCAUGGUCAAUGUUUGGGUCUUCUUCCGUAUCUCGGGUGGUCUCUUCAACCCAGCUGUUACACUCGCUCUUUGGGCUACUCGGGCAAUUGACGCCACGAGAGCAGUCAUCCUUUUCUUAUCACAAAUUGUGGGCAGUAUCACUGCUUCAGCACUUAUUGUUGCCAUCUUCCCCACGCCAUUUAGUGUGCGUACCACGCUCAGUGAUGGCACAUCUAUUGCGCAAGGUCUCUUUGUCGAGGCAUUCAUGACAGCCGAGCUCGUCUUUACAAUUCUCAUGCUGGCGAAGGAGAAGCAUCGCUCAACUUUUAUUGCUCCCGUUGGUAUCGGUCUGGCUCUCUUCAUUGCCGAGCUGGUCGGAGUUUACUACACUGGAGGUUCUCUAAACCCAGCCCGCAGCAUUGGUCCCUGCAUUGUCUCUGGCAAAUUUGAUCCCGAGCACUGGAUCUACUGGGUUGGCCCCGGUAUGGGAGCCAUUUUUGCCAUCGCAUUCUACCUCUUUAUCAAGGUGCUCGAGUACGAAAUGGCAAACCCUGGCCAGGACGGCGACGAGGUGAACGACCCAACCAAGAACCCCAACCACGAGCUGCGCGAGAAGCAGCGUGAGAUGACAACGCGCAUCCUCUCCUCACUCGGUUAUGAGAACCCGACGCUGGCAAAUCCAUCGGAUGCUGUGCGAUCGGCCGAGGAAGGCGCCUACUUUACGAGUCGCACAUCCUCAGUCAUGAACGACAGCGACCAGGAGCAACGCUUUGGCGCCAACGGUGUGGCCCUGUCUACUGUUGCAUCCAUGAGCGAUCACAUAGGUAGCCCGCCACCUACCAGCCACGUACCAUCCGUCUCGGUACACGGAGACCGGUAA